AUGGCGGGCAACGUCGCCCUGGCUGGCGAGGAUCUCACCUACGAUCUCGAUUCAAGAAGCCUCUCCUACUUCCGAAGUCACGCAUGGCCGAUGCAGAUGGACCAGGUAGCUGCCGCACGGCCAGACCCUAGGAGGAACGUCUCGCCAAUUCAGACCAACAGCCACGGGCUGCGACAGACAACAAUGGCCGAACAUCCCAUGAUGGAUACUUGGAGGUUCGAACAACAGCAACAACAACACCAGCAACAUCACCACCAGCAGCCAAACGUCGACUUCACCACACAACAACAAACAUACGACCUCCCCUUCGACCCUCAAUUCCACGGUCUGCCCAUGCAGCCCUCUCAGAUGGCCAUGAUGCCGGUCUCACAAGCCCCAAUUGCAUCCGGUCUGCCGCUGGAAACGUCAUAUCUCCCUCUCGACUCCGGUAUCGAUGGCAUGCCUCAAAACUGGGCCGACUUGCAGAGUGAGCUGAUGACCUUUACGACGACGGACGUCGGGCUUGCUGUGUCCCCAUACCACCAAAUGACCAGCUCGCCCACUGGAUCCCACCUCGAAGUGCUGUCACAGCCGAGCUCUUGUGACGAACACGGGUGGCACAUGGUCGAGCCCCGGACAUCAUUUGAAUCGUACGAACGCCAUUAUUUCGUUGAUCCGAACCAGACUGUCCACAACAGGACCCUCUCCGAGUCAUCAUACUCGGACCUCGAACCUCAGGGCCACGGCACGUUCAUGUCGAGCCUUGAUGUCGGCACCUCGCAAGCCGUGUAUUCGCCAACCACCCUGUCAGAUAGCGACUACGAAUACAUGGGCCAUGCCCACCGCUUGUCAAUAGAUCAAGGUUCCGCUCCGACCAUGGGUGUCAAUCCUUCCGCCCUCGUCCGCCCCAUUCCUAUUCCUCCCGCUAAGUCCUCCGCACCCUCGAUACGUUCGCCCGGCUCGCAAGGAUCAGCCGGCUCACCCGGUCGCAAAGCUUCCAAAAAGAGUCCCAUCGGUGUCAAAUCCACCGACAAGGUGAUGAAGAAGUCGUUGCCAAACGGCAAGGUUGAGGGAGAGAAACGAGUAGGACGCAGGAAGGGACCCCUUCGACCCGAACAGCGAAAACAAGCCAGCGAGAUCCGGAAACUGAGAGCCUGCUUGCGAUGCAAAUUCUUGAAGAAGACAUGCGACAAGGGGGAACCGUGUGCCGGAUGUCAACCAUCGCAUGCACGCCUGUGGCAGGUUCCGUGCACGCGCAUCGACAUCAAGGAGAUUGGAUAUUUCUUGAAGGACUGGAAGUUCGACUACGAGCGACACAUAUCGCUGGGCUUCUCUGUCGGCAACAUCAAAGGAUUUUCUGAUACGGAAAAGACGCUGUUCAUCACCCAUGGCUAUGGUCACAUGCUGCCUGUCACUGCUCGAGAGGUCUACGUCAGGGAUGAGACUUGUUUAAAGAUGGACUGGAUCGAAGCCAAUUCCUGCUCUCCAGACGGCUUCGAAGUUGGCACAGCCAAACUGUCAGCCGGCAUGGAAGGCAUCUCAACUACUAUGCUCAGUGAUUACCUGGAUCGACACAUUGACGGCACUGGCACGUUUGACAAGUUUGUGGACGACUACUUCGAGGGCACGCCUUUCCUGUCGCAGAUGUUGAAGACCGCCUACCGCUUUUACUUCAAGACCGGCUCGAAGAUCAUCAAGAAGGCACUGAAGUUGAUGUUGGCCUACAACUUGACGCUCCACAUUACAAUGGUCGAGGGUGUGCCAAGUGAGGAGUCGUUCGCGGGCAGGAUCGAGGAGCAGACCUCCAAGUUCUUUGGCAAGACCAUGGCCCCUGUGAUGAUCAACUUCCAGAUCAAGUGCGCCAUGGCGGACAUGUGGCGUGAGCUGCACAAAGACGUCCUUGAGGAGCUGUCGAGUUUAUAUUCGAGUGUGUACAGUGGUGACAAGCUCAAGAACUGGCCGACCAUCUUCAUCCUGGCAUCGGUGCUGUUGGCCGUGUGGGAGUGCAUGCAGUUCGACUGCCACUAUCGCGUGCCUGAUGCCGCUGCCGUGGAAAAGUUCUGCAACGACAUGGAGACUACCCCGGUCGGUGUCGUUGUUGGCCUCUUCCAGGCCAUCUCUCAGAAGCUCCCGUCUUUCUUGGAAUGGGAUACUUCCAAGCACCAUACACUGCUUGCAUCGGACAUGGACGUUUGCAGUACUAUGGCCGAAGUCCGAGAACAUGUUACGAGAUAUGAGAACUACUUACGAGGACGACCUAAUUCGCGGUUUGACCGCAAGGACUUUGACUCGCUCUCAAACAAGUUUCUUUCGAAACUUGUGAUCCGAGCCAACUAG